UACGAGUAAUUUUUAGCUUAGGAAAAGAUAAAGGUAUACAAAUCCCAAGAACACUACAACCAACUGAACACUAAACCAAGACUAAAGAGUAGUAUGGGAUGGAGAUAAUUUGUUAUUAUUAAAUUGAUAAGAUACAACAAGUGAUAUACAUUUCUGCAUAUAUUUAUUCAUACAAGAUCAAAAUGAGUAAACCAGACUUGGACAGACGUGUUCUCUCUAUACAAAGUCACGUGGUACACGGUUAUGUCGGGAAUAAGAGUGCAGCAUUCCCAUUACAGGUAUUGGGGUUUGAAGUUGACGCUAUAAAUUCUGUGCAGUUAUCUAAUCACACUGGUUACAAAGCCAUUAAAGGGCAAAUAUUGCAAGAAAAGGAACUUGUUGAACUCUUUGAAGGAUUAGAGGCCAAUAACUUGCUACAAUUUUACUCUCAUUUACUAACGGGUUAUACGGGUAAUGGGUCAUUUUUAAAACGAAUUUCUUAUAUUGUAAAAAAGCUUAGGGAAAUCAACCCCCGUUUGAUAUAUGUUUGUGAUCCUGUCAUGGGCGAUAACGGCAAAAUGUAUGUACCUGAAGAUUUACUGCCAAUUUAUCGCGAUGAAAUUAUACCUCUUGCCGAUAUAAUAACUCCAAACCAAUAUGAAGUAGAAUUGCUAACGGAAAAAAAGAUUACUAACGAAGAUGAUGUUUGGUCGGCGGUUCAAUGGUUUCAUGACCGUGGUAUCGAAACAGUGGUGAUUUCUAGCAGUGAGCUAGGAAGAGAAAACGAGUUACGUGCUUUUCUAAGCAAGAAAAACGGCAGCCGCUAUAUAAUAAAUAUUCCACGUCAAGGAAACGGUAUAUCAUUUACAGGCACUGGUGACCUCUUUGCUUCGCUUUUCCUGGCACACAGUCACUCCACGAAUGAUUUGGGUGUCGCUUUUGAAAAAACGAUAGCCUCAUUGCAAGCUGUAAUAAAACGCACACUUGAAUCCAUGCCCGAAGAAGUUUUGUCCGGCAAACGUAAAGUAACUGCACAAGAGUGUGAACUUAAAUUGAUACAAAGUAAAGGUGUUAUUGAAAGCCCACUGGUAGUGCUAAAAGCACAACAAAUUAAAUAACCGUAGAGCCGUUUUUAUGUUACCGGUUUAAUGACACAGAGAACAAAAGCAUUCAAUCACUAUGGUGUUUAACUGGCAUUUUGAGUCUACACAUUCGAUUUAAAAACGUUUACAAUGUUUAUAUAUGAUAAUUAUAUGUACGUAUGCAUGCUUGUUAUUUGGUUGUACUUCGCAUUGUUAUAUUAUAAUAUUUAGAGGACAAUAAUAAAUGUAAAAUAUUGUAUGCAGAAAAAGAGAA